UCCAUGGAUCAGUAGUGAACGAGACCCCACGGCGAAAAGAUGGUUAAAUUAACUUUAUACGGUUUGGAUCCCAGCCCUCCAGUUCGGGCUGUAAAACUCACUUUGGCUGCUCUAAACCUGUCCUACGAAUAUGUAAAUGUUAAUAUCUUGGGCCGAGAACAACUUUCGGCGGCCUACUUGGAGAAGAACCCGCAGCACACGGUGCCCACUUUGGAAGACGAUGGUCACUUCAUCUGGGAUUCGCAUGCGAUCAUUGCCUAUUUGGUCUCCAAAUACGCUGAUACCGAUACCCUUUACCCAAAGGAUCUCCUUCAGCGAGCUGUUGUAGAUCAACGACUGCACUUUGAAUCCGGAGUAGUCUUCGCCAAUGCUCUUAGGGCCAUUACCAAGCCAGUGCUCUUCUUCAAGCAGACUAAAGUACCCAAGGAGCGUUACGAUGCUAUCAUCGAUGUCUAUGACUUCGCAGAGACCUUCCUUAAGGGUCAGGAUUACAUAGCUGGAAAUCACCUGACUAUUGCUGACUUCAGUCUGGUUACUUCUAUAACUUCCUUGGUGGCUUUUGUGGACUUGGAUCCGGUUAAGUACGGAAACAUUACUGCUUGGAUCAAAAGGUUGGAGGAGCUUCCUUACUACGAGGAGGCCAAUGCCAAGGGUGCCAGGCAAUUCGUGUCCGUUAUCAAGAACACCAGUUUCACCUUUGAAAACUAAUAUAUGGAUUAUGUAAUUCAAUAACUUGACAAUAAAAUCGUUUUAUAAAAAGUA